CAAGUCACGGUUCAAUAAUGUGUCACGGAACGUAAAAGUUGCCAGACUGGUAAAUAACAAACGAGCGAAGCAGACGAAACGUCAACCACGAAACAUCGCAAAAUGCUUGGAACUUAGCAGCGCUUAGUUACGAUUUCUUUAAAAGGAUUUGCAUGGACAGUCUGAUGUCAAAAUGGACGAUCUUGACUGUUCAUCAGAGGGCGAUGAAUACUUCCAAGAGAUAGCAAGGGGCGCUGAAGAAAGCCUCGUACCAUUGAAAGAAGAUCUAUCAGAAUGGCUGACACGGGUACUCGGGGAAAAAAUAACCGCCACUGGUCUUGUGGGUUCAAUAGCCAAUGGUGUACUUCUAUGCAAAUUAGCACAGCUGAUUCAAGACAAGGCUGUGGAAUGUCAACGAGCAGGGAAAUCUAUAGGGAAAAUGCCAGUGAAGAAGCUGAAGUACAGGCAGAAUGCCGCUGCAGAAUCCUUCUUUGCUCGUGACAAUGUGGCAACUUUCUUAUCCUGGUGUAGGGACAUUGGUCUUGAAGACACUUGCCUAUUUGAAACCGAUGGCCUAGUUCUCCAGAAGACUCCCCAGAAUGUGUUAGUGUGUGUUUACGAGCUUGCUCGCUUAGCGGGCAGGUAUGGUAUCGACCCACCAGGCCUUGUUAAACUAGAGAAAGAAAUUGAAAAAGAACAGCAGAAUCCUCGUCCAGCCUCCGCAGUAAAAAAAAAAUCUGUCAGCUUACUGGAUACUGAGGUGAUGAAUGUUGCUAAGCAGUGUGACUUUGAGCUGGACAUACGACGGGUAUCAGAAGGCAAGUACAACAUUGGAGGAAAGAUGGUCUUCAUCAGGAUGCUUCGAGGGAGGCAUGUGAUGGUGAGAGUCGGAGGUGGUUGGGAUACCUUGGAGCGUUUCCUUAAACGCCACGAGGCAUCCAAGAUAACUCGUAUCAGUAGAGGCAGCAUCACCACCGAGGCUGGAGAAAGCGUUCCAGAUGACUUCUUCCAUGUACAGGCCAAAUAUAAGGGAGAUGCGAGAAGCUGAGGUUAGUCAAAGAAAAGAAGGUGGGAGUCCAGAUCAUUCAGUGAUUCCUGCCAUGCCUUUAUUGUGGUUCUUUAUCAAGGUGCAGCUAUCUUUACUCCACUCAUUCAAACCAAUGUAAUCAAAGUGAGGCUUGAUUCAUGAAGUAGUCUGGCCCCCCGUAUUGAUGAUUGCUAUUAUAUAUAAUAUACGUGAAUAGGGGAAUUGACAAAGAAGGUGGAAGCUUACUUAAUAAAGGUUUAUUCAGCAGCAAAAAAUUUAGGAUAAUUAAGAUAUGUUGUUUAACAUGAUGAGUCCAGUGAAAGCUGAUUGUGAGGUUUCAGAGUUUCCCGUAAUAAAAAAAAACAGCAGUUACUUAUCAACUUAUUGAAAUGGCAUAAAAAAAAAAAAAAAUUGUGUGCUUAAAAACUUCCAAUAAAAAUUGCUCAUGAAACUUUUUAAAGAUUAAAUACUUCCAUAAAACUUAACAAAAUGCACAAAUUGAAAGAUUUAUGAGUUUAACAAACUAAGAUGCCUUAUAUUUGUUAACAGUUACAACUGUUCGUUCAUAGUCAUUUGUGUACGUCAACGUACCUUAAAAUCCCUGAGUUUUUACCACUGUUAAACAGUAACAAAAAUACUUAAAGUAAAAAGAUUUUUUUAAAGUAAAUUUUAAGUGGUCCAUAUUUGUUAUGUUGAGUUGGAGAGACAUUGAGAGAUUUUUCCGUUCUGUACUUUAGGAAAGUCUAUAGUUUGAGUGACAACCUUUUAAUGAUUAAUUUCUGAUUAAUUUACCAAAUCUCUGACAUCAUCAAAGAAAGCUGUUUUAAAAUCUUAGUUGAAAUCCAGCUGUCUUUACAGGCCAUGACUUAAGCUAGCACAACCAAAUUAGAACAUUUCUUUUUUAAUAAUAAAUGCAACUUCGUGUAACUUAUGAAAGCAAUAAAAAAACACAACCAGAAGCCAUUUGCGAGUUAGACUUGACUUCGACUGGAGAUAAUUGCUGAGUCAAAUUGUUUGGGCAAGCUUAUUUGCAUAUAUGUAAGAGACUCUGAGCACCAUCACACAACUCUGAGUGAAUGUGUAUGGCGCAAUGGUACCAUGCUUUUCCCAUCAGGGCCCAAAUUCAUGGUUCUGCUUACCGUAAACUGCUUGCGGAAGCAGAGAAUUCUGUGCUUAGGUCAAGCGUAUUGCACAGCUUAGCGGGGAAUUUUGGCCUAUGUGCGGCGUUCUACAUGGUACUAGGCAUUCUACGCUUAAACAGCUAUUGCAGAUAUUAAGCGCUUGCAUGUAAGUGGAGAAUGGUGAUCGUAAGCGCAGAAUUCAGUGGUAUUGAUCAGAGCCAUGAAAUUUGGCCCUGAUGGUUGCUAUACAAAUGAUGGCCUGAACCACUGUGACAUGGUAACCAUGUCUUUAGUCUGGUGAAUCCAAUUUGAGUGUUUACUUGUGACAAACCAAGUCAAUGAACCAGACUUUACUCAAUUUUUAUUUUGCAACUGGCUCAUUAAAAUUGUCAGCAUCCUCAGUCUGAGCCAUCCAUCUUCAAUAAUAUUUCUUAGGUUUUCAAAUUUUGGAAAGACUUAAUAUCACUAGGGAGUAUUUCUAUUAUAAAAUAGAGGUUAUCUUUGUAAGCUUAUGUUAUGAUUUUAUUAUUAAUGAGAAACUACAAAGGGAACAGAUUUUAUUAUCAGUUUAAAUUCCAUAGAUAUGUAAAAUUUAAUACUUGAGGUGUUUUAGAUUAAUUGGAAUAGUUUUAUUAGUACCACAAUGUGUGUGCAAACAAUAGAACCUUUUUAACUAAGGACCACUAUGAAUAUUUUAAUGUCUUCACUUAUAAAUUAUCAUUAAUUGAAACUAUUGUUGAAAUCUUUGAGAAAGAAAUCAAGCAAUCUUUUGUUUAGGUUUCCGUCCAAAUGACUGAAUAACCCACCAAAUACCAGCAUUCCAUAUUUGUUCCUCCUGCACUGUACUGUAAAUGCUAACAAAUUAUUGAAAGACUUAAACUGCAAUGUAGCAAAGCAAAAAGGCAAUAUUUCCUGACGCUUUGAGAUAUCAGCUGAAGUUAUUUAAUUGAAGAAACUAAAAGAGUCUGUUUUAAAAGAAAUACUUCUGAUUUUUUUGCUGACAAAUCAUUAUUUGUGCUUCAUUUUCAUGACUUAUCCAUUUUAUUUAUAAUUUUGUUGAAAAAUUUGAGAGGCUUCAUACCAGUUUAGGCACAGUUUCCUUAAUUGUAUAGCUUAUUUUAACCAUUUUUAUUAUUUAUAUAUUGAUGAUACCUGUAUUCAGAAAAUUUGUUUAAUGGUGUUUAAUUAGGUUUCUUUUAAACACCAGAUUUGUUUGUAUUCAUGUAAAAGAUGACACUGUGUUUGUGUUUGUCCUGACCACUGUGCAUUAAGACGCAAAGGUCCAAUUUCCAGCAGUUCUGCUUCAAUAUUCUUUAUAAAAUGGUGGCUAAAGGUGGUUAUUUUAUGCACAAAUAAGUCAAGGAAGUUAAUAAGAGAAAAUCAUGUAAAUCAUUUAACCCUAGCAGUGUCACAGUUGAUUUAAGCGGCCCAGUUUUCAAACUGUGUUGACCAUGGCUGAUUAAAUCAGCCCCAGGUACAAGACGUUUCUAUUGGUGCAACACACCAUGUGACCUUCAGUUGACCUUCGCGAAGGUUUAAGUUGUGACAAAAGUUUUGGCAGCCAACUUUGAACAUUUAUGACUGCAGACAUUGUUUCUAGAGUUUUUAUUUGCAAUUUAUUUUCAAAAAGUAGUAUUUUACUGUUUUUGAGGGGCACUGCUAGGGUUAAAGUAGUUCCCCUUUAUUUGUUCCUGUUCAGAUGUAGAUUGUAUUGAAGUGUGGUUUAUAAAUUAAUUUUAGUUAUUAACGAUGAUUUUAUUAAUGUAUUCAUGCCAUGCUUUUAACGAUACAAUGAUGAAACAUCAGAGUGAAAGACGCCAUUCUCAAAAUAUGUUCUAAUUGAUAGUUUGUUCUAUUCUGUUUAUUUUUUAAUUCAGUACUUCAGUUUGUUCAUCAUUUUAAAAUUAUUUAUUUAGUUUUUUCCUUUCUUUUCUCUGACUGAUGAGUUUAAUGCAUUAACCUGUGUGUUGUGUGUAGCACUUGUACAAACCGUUGAGCAUUUAAGAUUUAAGUAUUGUUUGCAAAUGUCUGUUACUAAGCCAUAAUUAUAUUGUGCAAGUUUAACACGUAUUCAAACAUCGGGGCCAAGGAAUGCGCUGGUCUGUUUCCUUCAUGUGUUAAGAAGUGAACGUGGGAUCAAAGUUGUGUUUAAGAACUUUUUUGAUACCCACAAUAUUUGCACAGUAUCAUAAUUGUGGAGCUCUCUGUAGCAUACUACAGCCCAAAUGUGACAUACACACUGUGGUAAAUGGAUGUGAAAGUAGCCAAAUUCUCACCGGUAUACACAACUGCCAGAACCUCAAAACUUGUCAUUGAACUGAUCUGAUUGACAAGAUAACAAUGUGAGUCCAUUUGAAUCAUAAUGUUUGUCCAUAAAUCAUUUAAAUACCAACAAAAGUCUCCCUCUGGGUUAAAUGAGUUAUUCAAAGUCAAAUAUUUAAAAGAAAAUCUAUCAGUUUUUGCACCAAAGGUUUGAAGUUAUUUACCAUCAAAUUUAUUGUCAACUUUCAAAAAGAAAUUGUUUGUAUAUUUAAGAGCUGCAUCAAAAUGUUGAGUUGUCAUAUUUUAUUGUUUAAAUUAAUUGUUUGAGCUUGUGUAAUCAGUAAGAUUUAUUUGGGAUUGUGUUUGUUGUAUUUACUGUGCUUUGUGUGUGGAAGACGUUGUGAUUUUUAUGUAUCAAUCGUAUUAUUUAUUGGGUGUAUUUAAAAUUGUUUGGCUUGUAUUCAGCGAUUGUAUUGUAUUCUUUGAGGCAAAUUUAUUCAUAUAAAAGCUUAAGCUUGGAACUAGAAUGGAGUGAUAACCCAACUUUAAAACCUUGGUUGUAAAUACAUUUAAGAAGGUUGGUUUAGAUGAUUUUUAAAGGUAAAUUUUCUCGUACAUUCAUGAAGGUUUGUUUUGCUGCCAAAUGUUGAUAUACCUUGCAGAAAAUGAUUAAGUGAUUCUAUUUUUUCAGAUGCGUGAAAAUUGCUAAUUUGCAAUGUGUGUUAUUAACUGUUACUUUAAAAUAAACGAUUAAACAGCAGGA